GAAAGAGCCUCACAAAAUCUCACUCCACGGAAGACGGCCCUGCGCUGCUGAGAGAUCAUCAGAUCAGACAAGAACGACCCUGAUCGAUCGAUGAGGCAUGCGGAGAGCAGGAGACAGAGAGAGGGAGGUACUGCGCUGCUAGAGAGAGAAUCAGAGUAACCAAAGAGAGAGAGAGAGGGUGGUAUUUCGCUGGCUAGAGAGAGAAUCAGAGAAACCAUCAAACCAACAUCGCCCUAGCGACACUAGCAGCUAGUACGCACCAGCGGCUCUUGCAGCCUUCCUGCAGCACAGCGGCGCGUCAAAACUGGCAGCCAGACGGUGUCCACACUCUCUCCCACCUCUCUUAUCUCUUCAUCCCGCUCUUAACCUUGCUAAGCCCCUCUUAGCCCUCGCCUGCCAUAACUCGAGAACACACACGCUACCCAGGCCAGGCACAAGAAACACCUGCCGCCGGUCGACGACGGCCAUGGACUUCGACGACCACGAUGACGGCGACGAGGAGAUGGCGCCGAUGCCGGUGAGCUCCAGCUACGAGACCCCGGCGCAGGCAGCUGGGUUCGGCGGCGGCGUGGCGCCGCCCAGGCCGCCCGGCGAGCCCGUCCCCCGCGCCAAGGCCCCGGGCGGCGGCGGCGGCGGGAGGUACCGCGAGUGCCUCAAGAACCACGUCGUCGGCAUCGGCGGCCACGCCGUGGACGGGUGCGGCGAGUUCAUGGCCGCCGGCGAGGAGGGCACGCUCGACGCGCUCCGCUGCGCCGCGUGCAACUGCCACCGCAACUUCCACCGCAAGGAGUCCCCGACCGCCGAGGGCUCGCCCAUCUCCCCCGCCGCGCUGGUCGCCUACGGCGCCACGCCGCACCACCAGUUCUCGCCCUACUACCGCACCCCGGCCGGGUACUUCCACCACCACCACGGCCAGCCGCUCCACAUGGCCGCGGCCGCCGCCGCGGCGGCGGGGCACGCGCCGAGGCCGCUGGCGCUGCCGUCCACCUCCCACAGCGGGCGCGACGAGGGCGACGACCUGUCCGGGAUGGCCGGGCCCAUGUCCGCCAUGGGCCCGCUGAGCGGCAUGUCCCUGGGCGGCGCGGGGCCCUCCGGCUCGGGCGGGUCCGGGUCCGGCAAGAAGCGGUUCCGCACCAAGUUCACGCAGGAGCAGAAGGACAGGAUGCUGGCGUUCGCGGAGCGCGUGGGGUGGCGCAUCCAGAAGCACGACGAGGCCGCCGUGCAGCAGUUCUGCGACGAGGUCGGCGUCAAGCGCCACGUGCUCAAGGUGUGGAUGCACAACAACAAGCACACCCUCGGCAAGAAGCCGUAGCGGCGUCACCUGAUACCCACCACCGCAUGCGCAUGCAUCCCCCCAGAGCGCGCCGCUGAUCCGUCGACGGCGGCCGUGGCCAGCCUCCGGUAGGUACUUGCUGCAUCUUCUUCGUUAGCAUUCGGGCCUUCGUGGCGGCGUAGGUUAGUUGCAGUAACUCGUAGUGAUAGAUGGUUCUUGGCUUUAUUAGGCGGUUCUUUUAUUUGUCAUUUAACCGUACUUUGUUGGUGUUGUUUAUUAAUUCCUGCGGCAUGGCCAUUUGCCGGUUUGGUUCUUCUCCUUCGUGGGAAUGUACUUGUUCUUGCGACUCGCAGCCGAUCGAUGAUGGAUCGGCUGCCGGCAGUCUGCCGGCGGAGAAAUGUAUCUGGGGAUUGGGGCUGCA